AUGACAAUGAACAACCUGUCCACAUCCACCCUCGACGGCGAAGUUCUAGCAAGCAUCCGCCAGUCCAUCUCCGGAUUUUAUCAGCGUUGCGGCUUGCAAUAUAAGAAUACCACACUGGACGAAAUGUGGUACUCAGAAUGCUGUCAGGAGGCCAUCAACCGCGGCUAUCCGAUGGAUGCCAUCCUCCCAUACAUGGCCGUUGGCGUGGCCAUAAUGUCCAACGCUUACGGCCACCUCCCGGACCGUGCAACCAAGAUGUGGAUCUGCCUCUUCACCGCCGUGGCCACUUGCAUCGACGACAUGAAAGAUUUAGCGCAUGUGUACCGUUUCAACGAGCGGUUCGCGAAUUGCCAGUCGCAGGAGCAUCCAGUUCUGAAUACGUUCGAUGGGCUCUUGCGGGAGGUCGCUUGCCAUUAUUCUGCACCGGUGUCAAAUUUGAUUGUCACGUCCGCGCUCAACUUCAUAUCUUCCAUUUUACUUGACAAUGAGACCCAAGAUAUGCCGAUCUCACCGCAGGCUCCCUCGUACCCUUUGUAUUCUAGGAUGCUAUCAGGCUUGUCGGAUGCGUACGGAUACUUCAUUUUCCCUUCCACACUCCCACUUCGGGAAUACGUUCAAUGUAUGCCGGAUCUAUCCAUAGUCAUAAACCACACAAAUGAUAUAUUGUCAUACUACAAAGAGGAGAUCGAAGGCGACUCCGUAAACUAUUUGUCGCUCAUGGCAGCCUCUAGUGCUCUCACCAAACAGGACGCUCUCCGUGAACUGAUCGAGAAAACUGUGCAAGCAUAUCACAAUGUCCUCGAAUUCCUGAGACCACGUCGUCCUGAGGCAUAUGAUGCCUAUGUUGCGUUUUUCGAUGGGAACAACUUUGUUUCGGGCUUGCUUCACUUCUCCACUAUACAGCUUCGCACACAUUCGAUAUUUCCUCCAUACAUUGAUCAAGACCUACAAAAUCGUUGGUGGGAUUUCGGUGCAGAUGCAUACAUUAACACCAACAAACACAUUCGUCUUGCGCGCGCUCGCCCAUCUCAAAUGGGAUGGCUCUGGUCACGCAUGCCACUGACUGCUUCCAAUUUCAUUAUGGAGGUAGAAUUUAAAAUCACCGGCGAAUCAACGCACUUGUACGGAGACGGAAUGGCUAUCUGGCUCACAAAGGAUCGAGCUGAACCAGGCCCUGUCUUCGGCAGUAAAGAUAACUUCGAAGGGCUCGGUAUCUUUCUGGACACUUAUGCAAACUCCCGGCAUCCCUAUGGCUUUCCCCGCGUCAUUGCAAUGUUGGGGGAUGGCCAGACGCCCUACGACCUAGCGCAUGAUGGUGAGGCCAACAGCCUAGGCUCGUGUUCAGCCAAUUUCCGUCGUACGAACGUGAUCACGAAGCUCAAGAUCACCUACGUGAAAGAUACCUAUCUUGAUGUAAAGGUCCACUAUCGAGCCUGGGAUAGCUGGUCUGACUGUUUCCGCAUUACUGACAUAAGUCUUCCCUCCGCUCCAUACAUCGGCAUCUCCGCAAUGACAGGCGAAGUAUUCGAUUCGCAUGAUGUCAUUUCCGUGACGACGUGGUCCGCAGUUCUGUCGGCCUCUGAUUCGCAGCGCAACAAGUUUGGCGGCGGCAGCAAGAAGGGUACGUUCUCGCGUAGGCCUGGAACCGAGUCGCAAGGCGGCUCAUGGCUCGGCUUCAUCUUCAAAUUGGUGCUCUUUAUGGGCGUCUGUGUGGGUGCUACGUAUGGGUAUAAAACCUACGCGCUUAAUAAGAGGAGGGGUUAUCGUGGUUCGGCAUUUGGGGGCUUGGGUUAUGAGAGCCGGAGGCGGUUCUGA